AUGGCCGAGCCGCGCUGCUUGGCCAGUUGCUCUCACGAUGGCUCCGCCAUGGCGGGCACGGGAUCCGAUCGAUAUGUGUGGGGCCGAUUUUGGGCUUCGAGCCUAGAAUCCCUUGGUGCCGACGUUGGGAUCCUUUCCGAGACGCGGCUUCUCACCCCGGCGUCGCACGCUGCUGCGUGUCGCGGUCUCUUGGAUGGCGGAUAUGUUGCGCUCAGCCACAACAGCGUGCGUGCUGCUCCAGCCGUUGCAGACGCAGACCUCGGACCCUCCGCCAGUGGGGUUGUUCUAGCUUUGAAGUCCAAACAUCCAACAGGAUGGUAUGACGCGGCCUACGGUCCGCACGGACGCGGAUUGGCGGCGUCCGUGGAUUUAUCUGCGUCCUUAGAACUGCGCGUGAUCGCCCUCUAUGGAGUGAGUGGAUCCUGUUUACCGGGGUUUACUCGCCGGGACGCUGCCGUGCAACAGGAAACCGAUCUCAACACCUUUGUGCGUCAGCAGUGCCACAUGGCCUUGCAACGUGAUGCCCUGCUGGUUGUUGCGGGAGACCUGAACUCCAUUCACGACCCUGCCCUCGAUGUGUGGCAAGGCGUGGCCGCCCAGAGAGAUAACAGCCUUGUCUCCACGCUACUGGACUGCGGACUCAUGGACACCUUCCGGGUCAGACACCCUACAACAAAAGCUUUUACCUAUUUUUCCCCGGCCGGAGGUGCCAGCAGAUUGGAUGCUGUGUUGUGGCGGCCUCCGAUGAGCUGCGAGGUGCCGCUCCUGAAUGCUGCCGUCAUCUGGGCCUGGUCCCGCAGGAUUGACCACGAUCCGGUGGUGGCCGAUCUCGCCCACCCCGUGCCGCAAGUCUCUGACCCGGAUGCCGAGGAGCCGAACCACCUAUGGAAGCGUCUCAUAGAACGCCUCUAUGACCCGGUGCUCCGUGCCCGCGUCCAGAACCGUGUGGAGCAACACCAACCUGAGCUGCACCGCAUCCGUUGUAGCCUGGAAGCAAUCAGCGAGGCAUGCGGGCGCAAUGCCGACGGAUCCUGUGGCCACUCCGGUCCGCAAGCGGUAGAGCUCUUGGAAGGUCUGCUGCCGUGGAACCCACCCUGUGAUCCCCGCACCCCUGCCCUCCUCGACUCUCUGUCGGCAGCGCAUCUGCGCCUGAUGCAAAUUCUGAUGUCCUGCCUGCCCCAAGACGAAGCCGCGCCGGCAUCUCACUCCCACGGCCGGGCCAGCAACUGCUGGGAUCACGUACUCCACCUCUUGCGCGAGCUGCGACAAUCACUCACAUUCGCGUUGCAGCUGGAGGUCUGGCGGGCCCCAUUCCCCUCCUUGUUACUAGCGCUAGGCCACGCCUGGCAACGUGCGAGCGAACAAACCCAGAAACUCCAACCCCAGCGUCAGCCAGACUCGCCCUCUGGUUCUUUUGACCCCAAUGACUGGGACGGCUUUAGAUCUGACUCCGCUGCGUGGGCAGCCGCUCGCGGCUUCCCAGAUGCAGAUUGGCAAGGCCCAGCAUUACAACAUAGGACGCAUCAUGCUGCCACACCUUGGCUGACCUCGCUGGCGGACGUGCCGGUGCUCCCCGCCCUUACUACUCCUACUUCUCCCGAAGAAGGUCGUGCCCUCCUCCAGGCUGCCGCGGAGUGGAAGGAGACGGCCCGCCACUUACGGGCUGCUGUCUGGCGACACCGGGGCCAAGCUCAGCGGACCACACGAAGCCAGGCCCUCCGCAACUACAACCUCCGGCUGUGGUGUCGCCUCAUGCGGCCCCCUCGCCGACCUCAAGCGGUGUACGCACCAGCUCGUCUGCGCCUUGAAGAUGGAUCCUCGAAGGUGCCCAUUUCCCCGGCCGAAGUUCGGCAAGCUGCGGUGCAGGAGUGGACCCCCUUGCAUCAAGGCCCCAGCCCUGGCUGGUCCCAUCCGGUGUUGCGCUGUUGGACGGAUGGCCUGGGCAAUGCCCGGGCUUCCCCGAAUAUCCUGCACAUUGGAGCUGCGCCACUGGGCAGCAGAGACCUGGAUCUUGGUGAAGCUUACCUACAGCCAGGCUCCCUCCAAGCGGUGCGCUGGGUGGGUCACGAAAUCUCUCAAGUGUCUCGUGCUGAAGUGUUAAUCCAAGGGUGGCAGCUUCGGCAGGAUCAGACUGGACAGUGGAUCGCGCAGCGCUUGGGACCAUGCCCAGGACCCUGUAGACUCCUGAUUGCCGUGGGGAAUACACCUCCCGGGUUGUGGACGCCGGAACGAUGGAUCCACAGUCAGAGACACAAUCUGACCUCCUUCUUUGUUGUGAUGAGCACGCAGCCGCUCACUUGUUCCGACAUAGUGGGCCCUCUCAGCUCUUCAGAGAGGGAGAAGCUAUUAAGCAAAGGACGCUCCUCUAGGCCCGGACCAUCAGGUUGGAAAGUGUGCUACCUGCGCUUGUUUCCCGACUGGGCCCGGGAAUAUUAUUGGCACUCCCUGGACGUCCAGCGGGGAUGCGGGUUGGUGGCCGCACAUUCCCGUCAGGCCCUGCAGGUCAACAUGGCAAAACCUAAAGGAGGUUGGCGACCUCUCACCAUGUUAGAGGAAAGCUUCAAGGCUGUAGAGGGCCCAGUAACCAAACGACUCGCCUCCAUGCGUCGCCGGCUGCCGCCUGGAUGCAUGUACUGCCCCAGCAAUCAGGCUUACGAGCCGGGUGUAAAUGCUGCUCCCCUCGUGCUUUACCUGGAUGCCAUGACGCUUGAAGACGCCAGACAUCAUCAACGCAACAUCUGCCGCAUUCCGGCAGACUACGAGAAAUUCUUCAACGCGGUGUCACUGCAAGGGGCCGAUGCUGUCCUACACUCCCGAGCCGUUCCGCCCUGCGCCAGGAGGUUACUUACUGCAGCCUUCUCGGACAUACAGGUCAGCAUCCAAACGCGCUGGGGUAACUCUCCUCCGCUCACCAUUACCCGAGGAUUACCGCAGGGAUCAGUCUCUGCGCCAGAACUAUCCCGGGCCGCACAAGAUCCCAUGCUCCGUCUUCGCGAGAACAGCCCAGCAGCGUAUCAUACGCACGGGGGCAGGCGAGUGGCUGCAGCUGGCUUCGUUGAUGACACGGAGCACUAUGGGGCAGGUGCGGCGGAUCUGCCGUCUAUUCUUGCAGAUCUCUCCCUUGGUAGCCUGGGAACUGGGAUUGGAUUCGCUUGGACCAAAUGUUCGGCUUUUGCCACGGACUGGGACCAGUUUGUCCAACACCCAGGCUGCCCCGGCAUGGACGCACGCAGCAUCCAGGGCUCUGGUUGGGACAUCUGGCACGGUGGCCUCGCCCAGGGAGUUAUUGCCAGGUCUCUGGAGCAUAGCGAGGAGACCCUCCUGGGUAAAACUGGCACGGUGUGGGAUCGCCAUACCGCGGCAGCGCAGCAUCUUUUGGACCGCAUUCUCUCGGUUCGCCAGAUGUUGGCUUCGGGGCGCUACACCUGGGAUGAAGCAGCGACCAUGUACCAGCUUCGUGUACGCGGAUUCCUCUCCUAUGCGACACUGCUGGGUAUUCCUCCUUCACCAGCUUUGCACGAGGAGGAUUGCGCUUUCCAGCGUCUCAUCUUGGGGAAACUGGGCACAAGAUGCACGGCAGAGCGUGUUAGCCUCCUUGCCUGCAGUCGGUCUGGGGGCCUGCAACUCACCUCCGUACUGGAAGCCGUCAUAUCUUCUGCAGCCCAAGACGUAAUCCUCCUCCUCUCCGGCGAUGGUCUGGCCGGACAGGUAGCGCGAGACCAGCUCCGGGAAGCUAUGUGGCAACCCCCCCUGGAUGCAGCGGACGAUGGCCGCCUCAUCCCUCGGGCACUGCAUUUCCUAGCGCAAUACGGCUUCUAUGUCACUGUGAACGUUGAUCGCACCAUUGCUCGCGUGUUAGACUGCUUAGCUCGCCAGCGGGGCGUGUCUCCGCACCAAUUGCUUGGUGCAUUUCAUCCGGGCCUUGCUGCUCGGGCUGCAGCCUUCAGCCGGGUAGGAUACAUUGCCAACACGCUCCGCAUGGCCCGGCACACCUUGCAGAGGAAUCAGGUACCGCCCCAGGAGUGGAGCAGGCCAGCCACCUGGGCACAGGUUCUGGAACACUCCUCGCUGAGCCCUGAAGAGGUCGCGUCGGCCUGGCGGGAUGGAAGUCAGCACUCCAAAAUGGAUUGGCUCACGGAAGCUCGCAUCUUCGGCAGCCCACCGAGGCCUUGCCCUCCGGAGGACUGUCCCGAAUCUGCUUGGGAGAAGCCUUGGACACUUGGACCCCGAGGGAAUGCUCUCGUCACCAUCCUCCCCUCAAACAUUGCAGGCGAUCAGGCUUUGUACAGUGAUGGCAGUCAGGCCGGUGCAUGCUGCAGCUUCAGUGCCCAAGCCCUCUCCUUCGGUCCGGAGGGUCAGUACUGGGAUCACAGCUCCCAUGCGUCAUCUCAAGUACGCGCCCGCCUCCCCAGCCAUUUUGGCUUUGAGGCACCGGGCAUUCACCUUGCAGAGUUGAUCGGUAUGAUUGCCGCGCUUCGCUUUCGUCGGGCCGGGCACUGGAAUCUGCUGGUUUGUGAUCGCAGUGCCCUAUUCUCUGCGCUCCAGCAUGCCUUCCCGCCUCGCCCUUCUCGAUGGAACUGCCAUCCACUGGAGUCGCGGCUGCAUGCGGUACUUCAACAUCUCCACCUUUCAUGGCACGACCCAGGACCAGUCAUGCCCUCGUGGCGCCGCCACGUUGAGGCCCACCCCCACGAGUGGAAUCAACGGCGCCAGCUGGGGACAAGACUGGUUUGGAUGUGCCGCCUUGCCCAUGACGCCGAUGGACUCGUUGGCGUAGACCUCAAAAGCCACCAGACCCAAGACCCCUGUCCGCACCCAGUCAUCGUCGCUGGGAAUGCCUCGCAAGAUGCCGGUUGCCGCCUCGCCGCUGCUGGCGCGGCACCUCCAGACGUGCUCCUGCCCGCUGGCGGCACUUUUGCGUUUCUUGUGAGGGAGGGGCGUAUGAUUACCAGCCCUGCCCGCGCUGCCAUCCGUAAAGUGUUGCGGCAGGAGGCUGCUUCCCAAUGGGUGGCAAAGCCUGUCCAAGGCAAGGCUGGGCGCAUGGGAGAUUUGAUCUUUCGUCCAUGCCUGCAUCCCCUCCUCUACUCGCAGUUGGGUAUCCCCUCCAGGUGGCAUACCCUGCGGCUCCCGCAGGAUAGCGGACAAGUGGACCUCUCCGGAUUCCAGUUCCGAUGCCUGCGUGCUAUAGGCGGCAGCUGGACCGAACUCCUCCACUCUGACGCAUCGCUCCGGAGGCAGGCCGCUGCAGACGCACAAAGGCAUGAUCGCAGUCCGCGCACCUGCCCCCUUUGUCUGCAUAGUGCGGGCACGCCCAGACACGUCAUCAUGCGAUGCUCUCACAUGCGCCCCCUGGUGGACCAUGUGCGUGAUCUCUUGGAAGCGGAACUGAGGCUUUUGGUCUCCCCGAGCCAACUCUUUGCCUGUGCUGCGGAGUGGAGGUCGGGACUCCAACUCCCCGCCCUUCCUCCUGCAUCUGCAAUGCGGUGGCCUUUACUUUGUGCAUGGCACCUGCUUGUGUCCAACCCAGCACGUGAAGCACUCCUCAACGCAGACCACCAAGGUCGGUCUUCCGCUGGCGUGGAAAUGGAGGGCGCGUUUGAAUUGGGACACCGAGGCAUCCUCUCCCGCGAGCUCGGCCGGUGUCUGCUGCGAGAAUGGGAUGCCGGUAUGGAGGAGGGUUUGCCAGAGGAGUACGCCUUCUAUCGCCAAGUUGGACUAGCCGAGGCUGAGCAACGCGUGCGCAGUACCCGAGCCGUGAAGCUUCAGCACCCAGUGCAACUCACAAGCCUCCUCCUCCUGGGACUGCGGUGUAUCCGUGCGCAGUACCUGCAAAGAGUACGAGCCAUUGCACAACUCAGCUCCUUGGCUAACCCUGUUCCGGCUGACCCCGAUUUGGAGGAGCAGCCGCAGCCCCCAGGCAAUGACCGCUUAUUGGGAUGGCUUCAAGGCGCAGGUGCCUGCACGGUCAAGGAACUGCGCUGGCAGCUGCUGCCUGCUGCCUCCGUGGUGGAGCGCGUCCGCCAAGAAUGUGGUCGCAGCAUCAGCCUCCGUGGCGUCUCCGCUGCAGCUAUCUGGAACCGGCAACACUGCAACAAGGACUCUGUGAAUGCGCUCAGCCUCCUGUCCUGGGUCUUUGCUGGGACUGCGGCCGAGGCGUGUGCAGCUUGCCGUAUUGCUCUGCAUGUCCGGGGGGCUUGCCCCACCUGGAACCGGGGCAUAAGCUCCCGGUACAGACCCACAGACCUGGCGAUCGCUUUCCUAUGUCCGGAUUGUUUGUGGAUCCUGGUGGGUGCAAUAGCUGCCAGUCCAAGGGCGCCAGCCAGACCACGAGAAGCGGCAGACUUGCAGACGCAUCUCAGAUCUCUUGCUCGGCUGUGUCAGCCUGGGGCCGGUUCUUCCGCGCCAACUGAUUCAGAGCCCCUCUCCUUACGGCGGGUGAGCCGAUGGACCCUCCGGCACAUCAGGCGUUCUCCCGGUAUCUCACUGCAGCAACUCACAGAAGACUUUGUUCAACAUCUCCAGCAGCUGCGGCAGGAGGUCGACAGAGACCUCUGCGACCGCCUGGUCGAGUCCGCAGUGCAAUCCAUGCUGCGAGCGGAACGCAUCCAAGCACUGAACACUGGAUACUCGCUGCGAGGGUAA